GGCGAAUCUAAACAUAGAAUCCAGGGAAGAGGAUGUACCGCGACACCGAAGCCCAGGGCGUUGCCCCUGAUGUUGGGGUAGAGCUCUAUCCCGGCACGGAGAUCAUGGGCGAGGACCUCGUCGGUGGCCACCUCAUCCACGGCCACAACAACAGGGAGGGAGUGGUGCUGGUCCCUCAGCCAUCCACCAACUUGGAUGAUCCGCUGAACUGGACCCCGAUGUGGAAAUGGACCGUGGUGGUCCUUCAAGUCACUUUCAUCCUGACUUCGGUCAUCUCCGCGCUUUCAGUGUCACCCUUGACUCCGGUCUUUGAGGCCCAGUUUCAUAAGGAUGCCGAGGCUAUUGCGUUGCUGACCAGCGUUCUCGUCAUUGUUACUGGAUACACCAACCUACUCCUCGUUCCGAUCGCAGAAGUGUUCGGCAGGCGAUUCGUGCUCAUUCUUUCUUCGCUGAUCAGCCUCGGCGCCUCCUUCUGGCACGGCGCCGCCCAGUCGUACGGCUCGUUCAUGGGGGCGCGCAUCUUGAUCGCCGUCGGCAUGUCCAUCGGCGAGAGCCUGAUGCCCAUGGUCAUCGGCGACGUGUUUUUCCUCCACGAGCGCGGCCGCUACGUCGGCAUCUACUUCUUCGCCCUGUUCAACAGCAUGUGCCUCGGCCCCCUGAUCGCCGGCGCCUGCGCAGAGCGCUUCUCGACCUGGAGGAACUUCUACUGGAUCAUCGGGAGCCUGUCCGCCGUCGGCUCGCUGGCCAUCAUAUUCCUGCACCCGGAGACCAAGUAUAUCCGAGAACAGCCGGCGACGACGACGGCCAGCAUCACAGACACUUCGCCCCCGAGUCCGCCAAUCGAGAAGACCGGCUCGGCCGAGCAGCUCGAGUCAUCGCAGGAUACGUCAAGCGAGGCUAAGGCCGACGGAGCGAGUAAUGAUAAUGACAAUAGAAUGGUCAUGAUGGACCAGCACCUCGGGCGGGGGCGGCCCUCGAGGAGCCAGUUUCGGCUGAUCCAGGCCACGGACAGAGACGCUCUGUCCAAGAUAUCGCGCCACGUGGUAACGCCCUUCCGACUGCUCGGGUUCCCCAUCGUGCUCUUCGGGGCCUGGAUGCUCGCCGGUCCCGCCGCCGGCCUGCUGGCCGUCAACUACACACAGGCCGGAGUGCUGAUGGCGCCGCCGUACAACUUCAACAGCAGUCAGGUCGGCCUCAGCAACCUGGCGCUUGUGUGCGGGGGGUCGCUGGGCGUGCUGACGGCCGGCCCGUUGUCGGACUGGGUGGCCAUGUAUCUGACCAGGAGGAACCGCGGCAUCAGAGAGCCCGAGAUGCGUCUGGUAUCCAUGGUUCCCUUCAUCAUCCUUUCCACCAUCGCUCUCGUCGUUGUUGGCCUGGGCUAUGAUCGCCUCUGGCCGUGGGAGGCCAUCAUCAUCGUCGGCUUCGGAGGUAUCGGGCUGAUGACCGUUAGCCUUUCGACCAUCGGCAUUACGUACGCGGUCGACUGUUACAAACCAGUGGCGGGACAGAUCAUGGUUAUUGCAACUGUGGUGAAGAACACAUAUGGGUUCGGCAUGGGAUAUUAUGUAACGGGCUGGGUCGAGAAUGCCGGCUACACGCCUCUUUUCAUGUGCAGCCUUGCAACAAUCAUCGGCCCGGCGUUGUUCGGGAUCAUCUUCUUUUCUAUCUUCGGAAAGCGUCUCCGGAAGCUCACACGCCAUGCCAAGGUUCACACUUAUUAA